CUUGCAUCCAUCUCACUUAUUAAACAUCUCUCUUGCUCGCGUUCAACUCAAACUUAGAAGCUCUAGAAAGCAUUCACUGCAAGGUACAGCACAAGACAAGACACACAGCGACUUCACACAACACACAAACCAAAACCUCUCGUAACCUCGGUUGCCCCCCAAGCCCAGCGUCGUCGUCAUCCUCCCCCCGGACCCGACUUUUACCAAGUCUUUUCAACCCACCAUCUCACCCAUCUCUACUUCAUCCUCAACCACAACACCACACACACCAAUGGCAUCCACAGCAGCAGCCAGCGACUCCAAGCCACAGUUCACCCCCGUCCCCACGCCACCCGAGUCUGGCGCCACGUCGGCAGCCUCGACCCCAAGCUUCCAAACGGCAGAGCAGGACGACCGAGGCGUGCCCAUGGACGUGGACGACACACCCACCGUCGAGGAGCCUUCCUUCCCGACACCUCCUACCACCGAGCCCGGAUCGGCGACCACCGACUCGGCUCCUCCCAAGAACUCGUCGCGCGACUCCAAGCCAGAGCAGGCAUCCAGCUCAAAGGGCAAGCAGAGGGCAACGUCCCCGACCCCCGCUGCGACACCCGAUGUCGUCGAGGAGCCUGAGCCGGAGCAGGAAUCCCUCGACUCAAGGCUCGCAAAGCUUGACCUCAAGGACCUUGGCGACGGCUCGCAGCUCACCGUCGAGGAGCUCAACACUCUCCUCGAAGGCGCGACUCAGCUCAAGGACGCGGGCAACAAGCUCUACACUGCUCGUCCACCAAAGCUUGACGCUGCACGCGACGACUACCUCAAGGCCCUGUCCUACCUUCCCGCCGUGCCCAAGCAUCUGGCUCCGCCGUCGCUCGACGACCUCGCUGGCGGUGACCGCUUCCGCGAGAUCACCGACGAGGAGGCCGAGCAGAUCGAGGCAGACGAGCGCGCAGGCUACGAGCGCGUGACGGCCGACCUGGCGAUCCGCGACGCACAGCGCGCAAUCUGGGGCAACCUCGGCGCCGUGUACGCCGCGCAGAAGAAGGACAAGGAGACGGUCGACGCGUGCACCAAGGCACUGACGUACGACCCGACCUACAUCAAGGCCCUGCAGCGACGAGCGGCCGCAAACGAGCGCAUCGGCACGUGGAACGCCCUCGCCGCCGCCCAGCGCGACCUCACGGCCCUGCUCGUGUUGCUCCCCAUCGACUCGCCCCAGCGCGACUCGAUCCACGCCACUCUUGACAAGCUCGCCCCAAGAAUAAAGGUGCAGCAGGACAAGGAGAAGGACGACGUCCUCGGCAAGCUCAACAAGUUGUGAGCCGAGCGAGCAGAGGAUCAGCAGUCAACAAACCAAACCACAACUUCAUAACCAAACCCAUAUCAAGUCAGGAGGAGGAUCUACCGCAUCAUGGCGGCCUUGCAUGGAUGACUUUUACGAUUG